UUCACGCAUGUUCAGACUGACGUUUCAGUGCAGCUGCCUGCGAGGGCUGCACGAGCCGAGGAGACGGAUCUGAAACACGACGAACCUCGAGGCUGAUUUAAAGUGUUAACUCUCUGUAAAUGGGUUUAUCACCACGUCAACCCUUACUCUCGACACUCCCGUUUACCUCCAGCGAUAUCUGUGGAUGGAUUACUUUAUUCACGUCUUACCGAGAAGCCUUAACUACGCCCAGUCAGCAGCGGCAGCCAUAGCUCCGUCAUUGAGGCUGGAGGAUACUGCAAUCUUCCCCUGCAAUGGCCGUGUUUAGUCACCAGGUGCUCCUUGCAGUCACACGUUCAAGGGGUUCAUAUUUGUUAUCCAAGAGGCAAAGCUGCUCGUCGCUAUCUUCCAAAGCGUAUCUCCACAUAGACCCUCCUCGCCACAGCUCGUCCUUACUCACGCUCAGGCACUCCCGUCAUGGCUACCCCCACUGUUACCGAGGCCACACCCUCAGCCGUAAUCACAACUCCGCCCUGCUCGCUCGCUCUCUACACAGCUCAGGUGUUUGGCUCCAGGACAUAAAGCAGGAUGACAUUAAAGCCUCACCAGCCGCCUCACAGGAUGCUUCAAAAACGGACUCUAAUGCUGCCGCGGCCCAGUCACAACCUCCGACAGCUCCUGCUCCAACAUCCACAACCUCCACCACCACCGCUGCCACCGCCACAGCGGCUGCUGUACCACCCGUGCAGGAGCGGGCGGUGGCGAAAAAGUCUAUUUAUCUCAGGAUUGUGGAUGAGUUGAAGCAUUACUACAAUGGCUUCAGGUUACUUGGUAUUGACAUCAAGAUCGCAGGCAGGAUGGUGUGGAGGCUGCUACACGGACAACUGCUCUCUCGCAGGGAGAGGAGGCGGCUGAUGAGGACCUGUGCUGACCUCUUCCGUCUGGUGCCCUUCAUGGUGUUCAUCAUCGUUCCUUUCAUGGAGUUCCUCCUACCUGUCUUCCUCAAGCUCUUCCCAGAGAUGCUGCCCUCCACCUUUGAGACAGAGACCAAAAAGGAGGAGAAGCAGAAGAAGGGUCUGGCGGCUAAGCUGGAAUUGGCCAAGUUUCUCCAAGAGACCAUCGCUGAAAUGGCCCGAAGGAAUAAAGCAAAAGCUCUGACAGAAGAUGAGACGCAGCGCUUCUCCACAUAUGUUCAGAAGGUGCGGGGCACAGGUGAGCAACCCACCACAAAGGACAUUGUCCGGUUUUCGAAGCUGUUUGAAGACGAGCUGACGCUGGAGCACCUGGAGCGCCCCCAGCUUGUCGCUCUGUGUAAACUGCUGGAGCUGCAGCCCAUCGGCACCAACAACUUGCUGCGUUUCCAGCUGAUGUUGCAACUCAGAACCAUCAAGGCAGACGAUGAGAUGAUCGCAGCAGAGGGUGUGGCAGCUAUGAGUGUGUCAGAGUUGCAGGCUGCGUGUCGUAGUCGUGGGAUGAGGUCUCUGGGUCUCACCACUGACCAGCUACGUCUGCAGAUGCAGCAGUGGCUGGAUCUUCACUUGAAGGAGAACGUUCCUCCAUCACUGCUGCUACUCUCCAGAGCCAUGUAUCUGACCGACCUCAAACCCAAACCCCCAGUUAUCCCACCCGUUCCCAAACUCGAGAAAAGUACUCCUCCUCCAGUGGAGAGUGCAGGAGCGAACUCGAACGCAGUCACUACAGACAUGUUGGCAGACCCUGCCAUCAUCAUCAAAGAAAGACAGGUGGAGGAGUUGAGAGACAAAGCUCCUGUGAUCUCAGACAAACCUUUGACUCCUGCUGAAGUCCUUCAGGCUAAAGCAGCAACAGAAGUGAGCCAGAAGAGCAAGAUGAGUGCCAAUGGCGUGUAAAGAGGACCAGGAGCCUUUGGACUGCAGGGGAGAUGAACUCACACAGACCUGUGUCCUAAGGAGACGGGGGAAAGAGGGAUGACAGGGAUGUAGUGGUCAUAUGAUGGUCUACAUUUCAGUAGCCUUCUGUUCUUUAAGCUGCUCUUUCAAAAUUAUUCCCUCUCUUUGGAUCAGAGGGAAAGAAAAUCCCUGAUCAGCAUUGUGUGCAGCUCGUUGAUGAUUCAGUUCAUCCAGGAGUCAUGCUCCUCCAUCGUCCCUUUCUUUAAUAUCCAGGAAAGGUUUGCUUCAUCUCUGUGCUGCCAUGACCCUUCGCUUUCUCAUCUGUGCACUCCGUUUUCUGUAACUCUCCGUUAGAGCUAACCAGCCUCAGAUUUCACUGGACUGUGUGAUAACUUUGACCUUAUACCUGAGCGACGCCUGAACUGCCCAUGGCAGAGCCUGUUCAACUCAGUGUCUCCCCACAGUCUAGAUGGUCUCCUCCUCCUCCUCCUCCUCCUGUAUAUUUGUAAAUAUCCUGUAUAUUUUGUUUCUGUCAUCACAGCAGCAGCAGCGUUGUACAUUUUGCUAUGCAAAGGCCUAAUUUCUCUCAAGAACUUUAGAGUUUUUCUCUUUUAGCAGUUUUAUUUUUGUUUUAUUUGGAUACAUUUUUCACUCCUCUUAAGGAUAUGAGAGAACUCAUUUUUACAAGUAUGGUUUUGUCAAACUUCUUGGUCCAGUUAAGUCGCCAGCUUCAUUUUUGUUCGGUAAUCUGACACCAGGCUGAUGUGCUAAAGCAGUCAUUAAAGAUGGCACAUCUAGAACCUGCAGUAGAAUAAAAAUGUUAUUAAAAUGUCAUCUUAAUUUGUCAGCAGGUGGACCUGUAGACUUGGACCGGCCCUUUAUCUAAACAGGGUAACAUAGCGUAGUUUCUGCUGCUGUAAUCGGCAAACAAAGACCUGUUUAUAAUUAAGAGAGAGAGCUCACUCCUUAAACCCAGAGGGGACUGUGGUAAAAUGCAGUCUAUCUACUGGUAAACCACUGAACGGACAAUCCGUUAAAAAAGAAAAACCUAGAGUUUAUUUGCAUAUACAUUGUAUUAAUGUGUUUUAACACUAUGAUGCUACAAUUUCUUGAAACUGAAAAGAGAAAAUACUUGAUGUAUUAUUAAUAUUGGAGAGAAACGUCAACCUGAAGCCACAUUUGAGAUUAAUGUUAUUUUUUUGGUAUUGUGGCACUGAAAGACAAAUGUAAAGCAUUAUGACCGUUUCGCCAAAACCUCUCAAAAGUAUAUGACCCAAGGAAUUAACAGAAAUUUCCACACAUGAACAUUUACUGUACUAAUAUAGUUUCUGUGUGUGUUUGUCAGUGCUUAAGAUUUGUAACCCUCCCAUCCCCUUGUAUACAUUUGGCAGUGUUGGAGCGACUCAUUUCAUUGCAGCCAGAUGAAAGUUUUUUGUCUCCAUGCCAUUUUUCCACAUAGAUAUCUAUUCACAGGCACCUAACAAUAACAUACAUGACACUCUAUUUCUAAGCAAAAGCACUGCUAACAAAAAUGUAUAUUACUGGAUUUACAUAUGUGCCUGAAAUGAAAGGGUGAUUGCGGUUAUAUUUUUCAUCAGAGAACAGAUUUUCUAUAUUGUACCAUCGUCUAUUAGUAUUUUGGUUUGAUAUUUCACCUCCAUAUGUUUCUAGCAUCCAGUUGCACCCCUCUUUUUGAUUGAAUGUCUCCUUUCACCCUGCCCACAUUUGAUUCAGACGAUCAAUCCAAAUGAAAAAUGUAUUAUUUUCUUUAAAACAUAACUGAUGAAAAAACAGUAACCCUUUCAAACAGCUUUGCCCUUGUGGUGUGAAUGGGAUUCAGAAAAGAAAAAUAAGGAAACGGCAUAGAUGCUUUAUCGUCUUCGGUUUGUGCUGCUGCCAUAUUUAUAAAAAGUCUGAGACAGUUUAAGUGAAAGUGAACGGGGUCAUGUAACACUGUGGUGAUCACUGACUUAUUGAAAUAUUUCUCCCCAGACUUAAGUUAUGUGCUGAAAAGUUUUUGAGAAUAAAACAGUUAACUGGUACAGGCUGCUUUAGGAUUAGAUGAUUGACCAGCGUUUAAUGUAAUAUUGGAAACGGCUACACUGGUGCAUCUGCAAAACUGAAAAAUCUUAAUUGCAAUUUUUUUGCACCUUUAAUUCAUUUUCACCCAGAACAACAUUCUUCUUGGAACAGUGUUUGUUUACUUUUCAUUCAUCAGCAUCAUAGUGCGUUUGUUAACAAUGCUGUGCCUGUCUGGAUAUUAUUAUCAUCUACUGAUAAUGCAGAUGGUUCAUACAUCAGUGUCAUCAUGAUGUGUCCUCUGUCUUCAGGCCUAAUUUUGUUCUGUUUAGAAUUGCACUGCUGUCCAGUUACUUCUGACCCUGCAUUAAAUUUAUUCAUCACUAUACCAUGGCAAAUGAGCAUUGAAGUGAUGGAAAUGAAAAAACAAAUACACAUGAUUAAAUUCAUGAAACCCUC